AUGUUCUCGUCAGCUAAGAAAGUCGCUUUCGCAGCAUUCGUGGCCAUCGCGGCACAGACCGUCUCAGCAAUUUCCAUUUCUUCGCAGUGCCAGUCAGCUCUGGUCUCGGUUGUUACCUCAUCCGAAUCCAGCUGCUUGAACGCAGAGGCCCUCGCCGGGCUUGUUGUCGCUGGGAGCAACUCGUCGCUCAUUAGCCCGCUCAACAGCUGGCUCACGGGCCUCUGCUCGCAGCCUGAGUGCACAAACUCGACGCUUGCCUCGCUUGUGAACAGUGUCUCAUCCGGGUGUUCGUCCGACCUGCAGAGCCUCGGUAUCACUGCAAACGCAAGCCGGCUCACUCAGCUCGUGCAGGAGGCGUACCCCACUGUUCGCCAGGUUGUGUGUUUGGCUGACACAUCGGACGGCAACACGCUCUGUGUCACCGAGACGCUCACGAAUGUGCAGAAGUAUGUCGGCCCUAUCACUGCGUCUAACGUGCAGUCGAUCGUCUCCAAGGCACUUGCUGGCAGCCUUCCGGACGUGCCGAGCAACGUGACAUGCACGAACUGCACCCGCGCGGCGCUCGACAUCGUGAACACCAACUUCCCGGGUCUCCUGAGCGGCGGAAACAGCACGAUUUCAGGCCAGUGCGGUGCGAACUUCACCAGCGGCGCCCCUCCGUCGUCGAUCACUCAGAUGGCAAACAAGGCGGUCGCAAGCAACACCACCAGUGGUGCAGUUUUCGGUGCAUCUGUACCCGCGCUCGGUCUUGCGUUCUCCUCGCUGCUUGUGGUCUUCUCCGCGUUUGCAGUGCUUGCUUAA